AUGACCAGUAACAACAUGGCUACUGCGCCGCCCCCGGAGCCGAUGUCGCCCAUCCUCCAGAGAGCGCUUCAGCCGGCAUUGUCCGCGUUGGAUAAUGACAUAUUAUCGGAGAUCGACUCACAAAUGUUCACCCCCAUUGACGAGACGCAGCUUGAGGAGCACUCUGACAGUGCAAAGGAUGUCGAGGAGGUCGCACAAGCACAGCAGCAGGGUGGUGCGCCCAUCGAGGUACCACCAGUCCCUGUGACGCGUGGGCCAGGACACACACCCCGCGGGACGACACGGGUAAGCAGUCUGCCGCCGCGGAGGCCGCCAAGUCGCACCUCGCAGCGCUACGGCACACCACGCUUGCGUGGCGACGACAUGCCGCCGUCAAAGGUGAGGACGGAGCUAGUCCCAGAGUCGCGUAACUCGCGUGGGGCCAGGCUGUCAAACAAGUCCUUUACGCAGAGCAACCACUCCAUCCAUUUUGUCUUGAACGAUGAGCCCACCGAGACUGCCAGCAUUUUGUUCGAGGCAGAGCACUCCAUGCUCAACCGCUAUGCCAAAGAGGAAAGCCCCGACCUGCACGCGAACACGCUUACCAGCGAUAUCCAAUUUGUCGACGAGCAACCGAGCUCAGAGUUGCAAGCGGUGCCGGUGAACCGCGGUGUCUCUGCCACGACCAGAUCGACGAGUCUGUGCUUUGAAGUAGAAUCGGUGAACAACUCAGCACACAAGAGCGCCAUAUCCCGCUUCUCCAUUGAGGGAGGCGAGUCGACUCCGAAGCCGGUGGUGCAGGCCUCUCAUCUCAGCGUCGUUGAAGAUGAAACUGUUGAUAAGGCGGCGGUAGCUAAGGUGAAGGACGCGGAAAAGACCCCGAUAAACUUUGUUAGCUGGAGCGAGAGUCGGCGACGUGCCAAGAAGGCUGAGGAUGCACGGCGCGAGCGGGCACUUCGGGACCGCAGCCUCUACAUGAGGGCCCGACCCUGGGAAACCAACGAGCCCAAUCCGCGCUCCCGACGCACAAGCAGCGAGUGUGCCGCCCUCGUGCUGAAGCAGCAGCAGGACGAGAAGAUGGAGGAAGUCGAGAAGCGCAAGCACGCCAUGCACACACGUCCGUGGCGCACCAAGAGCUCUACCCCAAACAAGUCACGCUCCACCAGUGGCACGAAGCAGAAGCGCUGGCUCACACCGCCGAGCGCGCGCGGCGGUGGAGCCACGAUGGCUGAGCGCCCGACUCCGCCAUCGGCGACGGAGCCUAAGGAAGUGCAGAUGUUCAACAACGAAGCCCUUGCCGACCUCGUCGCGCGCCCGCACUCUUUUUCCCUGUCCUCAGAUGUGCGGUUACGCGCCGCUGGGCCGAUGUCAUACAUGCACCCCCGCUCCCCGGUGUUGGGCCGCGUCGAGGACGCGAAGUUCGUCACAUCAGCGCCUGUGCUGAAGACCCCACUGGAGAUUGUCAGUGAGGAGCUCGAGGAGUGGACGCACACAGCCAACCAGAAGCACAAUCUGCAGGCAAUUGUUCGUGUGAUGCGGGCGCGCGAGCGCAUGAUUGUGCAGCUGUCGAACCAGCUGGCGGCACAGAGUCGCGUGAUGAAGCGGCUGAACACGGAGCUGUACAGUGCUCGCGAUGAGUACAUGAUGCACCUCGGUAGUGACGUGACAGGGUUGGCGCUUUGUACCCCGCGCAGCCGGACAAUGUCCCCAUUGCCAGGCCGCACGAGCGCCAGCCCCCCACCCAGCAUCACGCGUCUUUACACGGAGCAGCGGCACCGGGCAAAGGACUACUACUCCAUGAAGAUGAAGGAGUUUGGCCCCCGUCCGGUGAGUGUGCUGAGCGACAAUGAGCUCUCCGAUGGUGAGAAGGAGGCCUACGCGAAGGAUCUGCAGCGCUGGCGCGUCGAGCGCGCGGCCCUGCGAAACGAAAAGGCUCGCCUGGUUCACUACCGCCGCGAUCUCGUCUUUCAGAUGCGCCGCGGCAGCAACAUCAAGGACAUCACCAUCACGCAGCCCACAAGCGCACGUGGCCCGCUAGAGCGCGCAGCGGCCGGUACAGAGACCGCCGUGGAUGUGAACGGGUACGACCGUUUGAUGGAUAUCCGCAUGCAGGCUCAGCGCGCCGUUGUGGAGGCAGCGAAUGCCAAGAAGGUGUACGAGGCGACAUUGUCCAUGGCGGCCACUAUGAAAAAGCGACACGACCUCUCCUCAGCGGAGGUAACGAGCUUGAAGGAGUCGCGAAAGAAAGCACGAGAGCUGUACACCGUGUCACUGCAGAACCUGCAGCAGUCGGCGGAGGAGGCACGGCCGCUGCUGGAGCGGGCAAAUGCGCAGAGGGCGCGCUUCGAGAAGGCUGCGAUGUCGCUUGAUGAGAGCGCCGAGGCGCGCCUGCAAUACUACAGUGACACAGUACUUGCCGUGCGUAUCCAGGCGGACCGCGCCCAAGCGCUCGCCGAAGCAGCUCCUGGUGAUGAGGAUCGCAUGCUGCGAUCGGCGAGCACACCGCGGCCUGGAAUGUCGCGGGCAGGCACACCACGUGGCAGCAUCAGCGGCUCCAUGCGCCCUGGCACAUCACCACGCAUCCGCGGAGGCAACGCGUCGAAUGACGAUGUGUUUACCCGACUGACGAAGCGAACGUCGAGCACGCACAACGCCGCACCCGUGCAAGGGGAAGCGAGGGCGUAA